GAAAGCAAAAACAAACCCUGCGUCACAAGCAAAACCCUUGUAUCUCUGUGCCGUCACUCGAGAACUCUGAGUUCUGAGUUUGAAUUUCUAUGAGUUCUUGAAUCAGAACUAACUUCAGAGUUCUGAAGAAUCAUCACAAGCGAUAAAAGUUUGAUGAUAGAUACACUCACUGUUUUCACUGUCAUUGAUCCUAUCGCAAUCACUCGCACGCCUCAUAAUUAUGCUGAUUUCUAGGAUUGCGUUAAACUCUUUUCCUAGAAUUGAAACUAAUUCAAAACAGCAUUGACGGCAAUGGCAAUCUCUCAGUUUCCGAGUGGUGCCGAAUCCGAUUCAGAGGAUAAAGUACCUUGGUCUGAUUCUAGUGCUGGACAGAACGUGAUUGACAGCGAUGGCUUUUUCAACCUUGCAGAUGAUGUGUUCGAAGUUUUUUCUCAAUGUGAAAAUAUUGAACUAUGUACACCAUUGUCUUCAACGAAAAAGAAGAAUAGCCAAAAGGAUGGUAAUGAUGAGCAGCAAAAACAAACUAAAAGAAAGGUAUAUCGGCCUAAAGUGGUCUCUCAAAAUCCCAAGAGAGCAAAGAAAUCUCAUCCGCAAAGCAGUGCCACUCCAAAGCCUUCAACUCCGAAGCAGAGAAAACCUUAUGUCAGAAAAACUCCUAAGUGUCAGCGACCAUUAUUUGAUGAUGAUAGCAAUUUCAUCUCUCUACCAUUUUUGGAAAAUUUCAAAGGUUCAACCGUUGAUCAUGGUGGAUUUGAGAAUUCUACUAUAACCAAUGAAUCUGCCAUUGAAUAUAAUUCACUGCAGAGUUAUCAGAAGUUAAAUUCAUUGUCAUCUUUAUCUCUAGUUGAGAGCAGAAGAGUUGGAGGAAAUUUUCCACUGAUGUGUAAGCGGAAAAGGAUUAGAAGACAAAGAAUGCGUUUGGUAAAAGUCUUAACCCCUUUUGCAAAAGGGAAAAGAUCAAGUCUUUCUAAGAAAAAGAGAAAAUGUUUUGAAAAUUUACGUGUAGAAGGAAGUUCUAGACUGAGCAGACAAUUGAGACUUAUACUAAAGAAACUGACAUCUUUGAAGAAAAAAGAUCAUCGAAAGAAAAAUAAGUUAGGUGCCAAAAACAAAUCAGGGGACUUAGUUAUUUAUAAACGACGAUCUUCAAGAGUUGAUGUUUUACUUGAUGAAGAGACAUUAAGAGUAUGGAACUUGCUUGUUGCUGAAAGAGGACACGAUGAAAAGGAUGAACAGAAACGGAUGCAAUGGGAGAAUAUAAGAAAGCUCUAUCAGAAUGUGGUUCGAUCAUUCUUAGAUCAGAUGCAAGACACACAAGGUGAUAGAAGAUUCUUACCAUGGAAAGGAUCAAUUUUGGAUUCUGUGGUUGGAGUUUUUUUAACUCAAAAUGUGUCUGACUAUUUGUCAAGUUCUGCAUUCAUGUCACUUGCUGCACAAUUCCCUGUCAAAUCAGUUAGCUGUGAAAAAGACAACAAUACGGUAUUGUCAGAUCCUAAGUUUGAUAUAGAGAUGAAAGGUGGCAAAGAUGAAGAAAUGGAAGUUGAGAAAGUCAAUGAAUAUCUCAAACUUGAUAACAGAGGAACUGAAUACAAUUCUGCCAAUGAAUAUCCCAAAGUUGAUAACAGAGGAACUGGAUACAAUUCUACUUCUGUGGAGAGAAACACAGGUUCUUCCAGCAUAAAUUUUGGUAAGAAAGAAAUCCCUACUACAAAAAAAACCAAGAAUCAAGAAGAAAAAGAGAUGCUAUUGGAAAAGAAACGACAAUAUUGGGAUACACUAAGAAAAUACCACAGUGAUAAGCCCCGACACGAUGAUUACAUGGAUUUUGUUGAUUGGAAAGCAGUAAAAGACGCAAAAGUUGGUGAUGUUGCGAAAGCUAUUGCAAUUCGCGGUCAACAAUUCAUUAUUGCUGGCAGAGUAGUGGAAUUACUGAACAUGUUAUAUUCCACCACUGGAAACAUGGACUUAGAAUGGCUAAGAUAUAUUCCACCACUGGAUGCAAAGGAAUAUCUUUUGAGCAUACAUGGAUUGGGGUUGAAAAGUGUGGAAUGCAUAAGACUUCUAGCACUUCAACAUAUUGCUUUCCCGGUGGAUGUAAAUGUUGCAAGAAUCGUAGUACGAUUAGGCUGGGUUCCUCUGCAACCAUUGCCAGAAUCAAUGGAAAUACAUAAUUUAGAGGAAUUUCCAGAUUCGAACAAAAUUCAACAGUAUCUCUGGCCAAGACUCUGCACUCUUGAUCAUCGUACAUUGUAUGAAUUGCAUUAUCAGCUGAUAACAUUUGGAAAGGUUUUUUGCACAAAGAAACACCCAAACUGCAAUGCUUGUCCAAUGAAAAUGGGGUGUAAACAUUAUCAAAGUUCCCUUGCAAGCAAAAGACUUGCCUUGCCAUCCAAUCCGUACUCUGAUUUGCUAAGCAACUCUGCACUGACGUUUGUUCCGAAUGAGAUUAAAGAAUGUGAGCCUAUAGUUGAGAUGCCUGCAUCACCGGAACCUCAAAGAACAGAGUUGGUUGAUUUUGAAACAAAGCAUGAUGAAGAGAUUUACUAUGGUUAUAAUAACCAAGAUGAUGAAGACAUGGAAGAUAUGCUGACAUUCAACCUAAGUAGUCAAGGAUCAUCAUGCUUGCCCAAGACCCUUGAUAAUUUUUUCUAUGGAUUUGACCAUGGCAUGAAUACAUCAUGCUUGCCAAAGACCCUUGAUAAUUUUUUCGAUGGAUUUGACCAUGGCAUGAAUACAUCAACGGCUCUAGUUACAUUACAUCCCUGUGCUGCAAACACCCCUUUACCAAAAGUGAAAGAAGCUAGCCGUCUCAAAACCGAGCGCACAGUUUAUGUUCUCCCAGAUGAUCACCCUCUCCUAAGAGAGCAUGCUCCACGUCUACAUGAUGAUCCUUCCCCUUAUCUUCUAAUGGAAUGGCUACAAGCGGAAUUAGAAAGCUCAGCUGAAUCAAAUACAUCUGACUUACAAGAUGAAGAUAAAAGUCAAACAGUUCCUGGAACACUUCUGAUACCAUGCCGAACUGCAAUGAAAGGGUAUUUUCCCCUGAACGGAACAUACUUUCAAAUUAACGAGGUUUUUGCUGAUUUUGCAUCAAUGAUAAAACCGAUAAAUGUUCCUAGAAGGUUGUUAUGGUCUCUAACAAAACAGAAAACAUAUUUCGGUACCGGGACAUCAGCCAUUACAAGAGGUAUGUCGGCUGAAAAGGUCAGAGAAUUCUUCAACGAAGGUUAUAUUUGUGUGAGAGCAUUUGAGACAAAAACUGGAGCUCCAAGACCAAUAUCACCAAUGAUGCAUCUCAACACUACUGCCAGAUUUGAAAAAGAAAAAGUCGAAAAAGAAAAAAAGGCAGUCGAAAAAGAAAAAAAUGGGUUGUCAAAUGAGGUGCAAUCAAGUAAUGCAUGGGGUAAUAUUACGAGUCUUUGAUUAAACCGAGACAUCAUGUAAAAUUGUGUUUAACAAAACUCUUAUUAUUAUUUUUUAUAUUAGUUUAAAUCUCUUUGAAUAAACGAGACGUCGUUGGUUCGAAUCCGCAUCUCUGCAAUUAUAUUUCUUGACGGUUAAACAAAUGAUAUGUGGUUGAUUCGAAUCCGCGUCUCAACAAUUGGAUCGAUGUAAUAGAAUAAUUAUCAAUUUUUAUUUGUUGUCAAAUUUUAAUAAAAUUUUAUUCUCUUAUAAA